AAUUCUGAAAUGAAAAGCGAUCGACGGAACGGAUCGAUCGUGCGGUUUUUUUCUCAUUCUCUAUCCUCUAUUUUAUUACUCCUGUAAAAUUGUAUUCUGUGACGGUCGAUCGUACGAUCAUAGAACGAUAACAAUGACGAUUUUCUCAACAUCGAAUUAUUUGUUGCUUGAAACAAUGAACUGUUUUCGAUUAUUCGUCGAUUAUAUUUCAAAAUUAAUGAUUUUUAAUCCGCGCCGCGGAAAAACGCAUCGGCUCCGUCGGAAUUCUAGGUGUACCAUUAGACACGUGUAAAACCGUUAUGUGUACGUUUACUUGUGUGUACCCACAGGUACACGUUUGAAUUUGCCUUUACGUUUACCGUAAUAAUAUUCUCUCACUCGCAAUCGGUAGAAAUUAUUUUUCAACUAUUUCUCGUGUUCCCUCUCAAUCGGGCAAAUCUAUCGCGUUUGUAACGAUCAAUAGAAAUAUUUCUGUGCGUUCUCGUUGAAAAACUUCAGACAAUUUUCCUUGACCUUUAUCAACGUACUUUUGGUGAACCGAAUAAGACUCCGUAGAAGUCCUCUACGCUCUCACAAGUCUAGUAUUCCGUAUCUACAGAAGUUUGUGCGUUAUCGAUGUCGGUACGCUUCCAAUUCGGACGUUAUUAUAAUCAUUUUUCUAGCAUACAGUAAUUAAAAUUGAACAGCGAAUAUGUGGUGCACGACCGAACGGCAAUCGUGAGACGAUCGUUGUUUGGAAAAAUCGAUAAUUAAAGUCACCGCUAAAAUGGAGAGUAUGGGAAAAGGGACGUGUGUUCUCAAAGUGAUACUUGUAUUAAUUUAUCUCAUACUUUUUGUACGCACCGCGACGAAAUUCGUCAACUAUGAUAACGUGUACGAAGUCGAAUCUGAAGGAUUGAAAUAAUUGAGAAAAAAAAAAUAUACAUAUAUGGCGGUGAUUUACCGAAAGUUUGGCGAAAAAAGAGGGCUUCGAUCGGCCCUACAAUUUGUCAUGGCCACGGCAUCGUUCAACUUCCUCGACUACUUUGGAUUCAGAUAUUUAUUUUACACCACCUUUGGAUUACUCCUCGCGAUCUCCACCACUCCCCCACUCGUCGUUUAUUACCCGAUUUCCAAAUGGUCAAGGAAGACGUGGGUGAGAUUUGUAAAAUGGAGAAAUCCGAGCUGUACGAUCGUUGAAGAGACCUCGGUCAGGAGUACGUUGGAUCAGGGAAGAAAUCAGGGAAUCUACACGCUUCUCGUGCAAGGCAAGACUAUAGCGGAUGGGGUGAGAAGUCAUCUUUUGGAAUUGACCGCCAAGAGACCACAUUUGAGAUCGGUUUUGAAAAGAAUAUUGGGACUCUACGCGUGGGAGCAAACGACGGAAUUCGACGUCGAUAAUCACCUGGUGACAGCAUCGUGCUCUUUCAAGGGCAGACCGAUAACCGAGUCAAAUUUACAGGAGUUCGUCAGCGACGUGACGGAGAAAUUUUUAUCGCCGAAUUUCUCACCCUGGCAAGUAUUCGUCGUAAAUUGUUACCUCAAUGGCGAAGAAACGAAGGUCUGCAUAGUUCGAGCGCAUCACUUGAUACUCCGCCACUCGCAUUUGACGCUCGCUGACUUUCUUCCGCUGAAACAUUCGAGAGAAAAUUGGGCUUACCAGGAAACGGAUUCGCCGUUGACGAAUCUUUAUUCGAAACCCUCGGCAAUUCCGCGUUUACGUCAGAUGUUAACCGAGAGCUUCAGCAAUUAUUGGAACGAAUUUUUGUGCAAUAACGACCCAGCCGAGAAUCCGGAAAUUUUGAAGAAGCAAAUCGGAAUAUUUCACUGUCUGAAAAUCGCGAUUAUCGUGUGGGUAUCGACCGUCAAAGAGGUCACCAAGUGUUAUAAAAAGAUCGAAGGUUUCAAGUUCACCGAAUAUUUUUCAAUAUUCACCAGAGAAGCAUCGAAAAGAAAUUUCCGAGCUCAUGUCGUCUUGUGGGCUUUCGUUUCCGCCGUUAAUCCCGUUGAAAUUUUAUACUCCGGCAUCCACUGGGCGUGGUACACUUGCGUGACGCUCACCUUGAAAAUGCCGAUUCUUUUAAUUCGAGAAUUGAACGCACUUCGUUCGUCGCAAAAACAUUAUCAUCCCGACACUUUGACUUCGAUGUUGUCGUGUUACUUGCCCUUGAUAUUCCAAGCGAUUGCCGAGGUGGUUUCGAUAACGUUAAUCGUAAUAACAGCGCCGAAAUUGAUACUCGAGGAACUUUUUUUCAAACCAGUUCAAACGAACCAUCAGUUGCGACCCGAUUCUUUGUGCGGUAGAAAAAUAGUCGCUUGGUCGGAAGAGGUAGAAAUUGAAACCAUAAGAAAAAUAUCGAGCAUUACGGGGGCGUCGGAGGCGGAGAUUCUACUCGCUACCACCGCUGGAUCGUUCAAGGAAUACUUCAAAAAAAAGGAACUUCAAACUCCACCGGAAAUAUUGGUUACCGCGAAGUUUGUUAGCCAAAAAUCCAUCUUCAUCAGAAACCACGAAGCCAAGGGCGUUCUCUGCAUAGGCCUACCCACAAAAACUCCACUCUUCGAAGAUGAUCCCGUGGAAACUUUACAGGUCAUCCAGGAGAACGUUCAAUUGGCAAGGUCGAAGCAGAAAGCAACUUACGCUCUUUCGGCCGCUGAAUCAUCGUCAGGCUUGGUAUCGUCGUACACCCCAUCGAUUGUCCUCAAACUCGCUCUUCUCUAUCUUACCAGAAGAUAUUCUCUCUCCGUUACCCACGUCGAUGGCGAUCUUCCGGUCGAAGGAGUCGAUGCAGCGAUGUACUGGAGACCGCCGCAAGGAUAUUGCAGCAUGUCGGUGACGCUGCACCGACACGGUAAAGGAGUUCGUCUCGGUAUAAUAGGUGACAAACACAUCGCUCCUCAGCAUUCGAUAAUCACGAAAGCGUUUCCAAGGAGUGUACAGGAGUUGGCGAUCACCGUUGGUGUUCCCAGGACGCCGAGCAGGAGUCGAAGUCCAAGUCCACCGAGUCCACUCGGUUCUGCUAGUCCCGCCACUUCUCCAGGGCACUGAUAUUAUACAUUCACCGAUUCCCGGUGAUUUUUUUACAAUAUUUUUUAAUCACGUAGAAAAUUAGUUAUACCAAACUGAAUUCUCUCAAUGCAAUUAAUUCGAAUUCGCAUACACUUCGUUCAUUCGAAAAACUAAAAGAAAAAAAAAUAAAAUACUGAAUAUACACAAGUACCGAUAGAAAUUUAAUUUCAUAUAUCAUCGAGUACACGGUUGUUCAAUUUUUUUGUUAUCCAUAUUUGUUUCAUCUAUAAGUAGGUUAUAUUAUUUUACCAUCGGGGAUAUCAUUAGCGUAUAUAUGGUAAAUAAAUGAAAGUAAAUAUGGUACAUAAUGUGACAAUUUAUAACUGUACAUAACGUGUAGCAACUGUAAUAUAUUUUCAUUGUAUAGUGUAAA